AUGGCUGUUACUACUUGUGAGUUGAAGUGGUCGAAGUAUUUGUUGUUUUCUCUUGGUGUUUUGUAUCCUAAGCCUAUGCGUUUGUAUUCAAAUAGUCAAUCUGUUAUUCAUAUAUCAAAGAAUCUAGGUGGUGGUGGUGGUGGCGGUACUGGAGGGUCAGGGUCUGGAUACGGGUCUGGGUAUGGGUCUGGUUAUGGUUCAGGAUAUGGAGGUGCAAGUGGGGGAGGGUAUGGUAGUGGGGGAGGUGGAGGGGGUGGAUCAGGGGGAGGGGGAGGUAGAGGGGGUUCAGGUUCUGGAUAUGGGUCCGGAUAUGGAUCUGGAUAUGGGUCUGGUGGAGGACUAGGUGGUAGUGGCGGUGGUGGUGGAGGUAGAGGAGGCGGAGGUGGUGGCGGAAGUGGACGUGGUGGCUCUGGAUAUGGCUCAGGCUAUGGUAGUGGUGGCGGCUCUGGUUAUGGAAGUGGUGGCGGAGGUAUGGGUGGUGGUGGUGGUGGCGGUGGCGGUGGUGGUGGUGGUGGUGGAGGUGACAACGAUGAUGGCUCUGGAUAUGGUUCUGGUUAUGGGUCUGGCUAUGGGUCUGGUUAUGGAGGUGGUUAUAAUCGCAGACAUAAUUCACCAUAAAUAUGUGUUAACACGUAAUGACGGUUUAUUAUCAUUAUCUUAUUCUAUUUUAAAGGUUAUAAUCUUCUAAAUAAAAUAGUUAAGCAUGCAUGUAAUUUUAGCUCAUUAAUUGACUUCACGUAUCCGUAUUGUUGGAGAUGCUUGAAGCUUGCAUUGAUAUUUGCAUAUAAUGGGAUGUACACCGUGACUAUCUAGUGAUGUUUGUUGUCUGUUGAUAUUUAAAUAAAAGUUUCUUUUUUAUUUCUUAAAAA